AUGUUCACUUCGCGUCCAGGCCAGCCUCAAAGACCACCAAGCUUAGGGCCGAACCCUGCACUCGGAGGACCCUUUCGCGGUCCAUAUCCCGGCUAUGGGAUACCACCACGAAAUGUAAUGCCUGGCUAUCCUGCUCUCCCAAAUCAUCGUACGACGCAGAACAUGGUCUCGCAGCCAUCGCCCAAUUUCCUUCAACAACGAACGCAAAGCAAUUUCCCAUUUGCCACCGGGGGGCUACAACAGCACGUGGGCGCCCCACCAUCGGUGUCGUCCGCAAGCGAAGUCGGGCUCGAUCCGAACGACUUCCCAGCACUAGGUUCAACACCAGCGGCUAAUUCAAACCCUGCUUCGAGUAACAAUACCACCAGCUACGCAAGCCAAGCAGGUACUGGGGUGCAAAUGGGAGCGGGUACAAAUGGGGGACAAGCGGCGAGUGGGGUGGGAGGUAAUCAGCCUCGGGAUUUUACUCCUGAUGACUUCCCAGCAUUGGGUGGCCAAACAUCUCAUCAGCAGCAACCAUCGCAGUCAAAUGCAGACAGUCAUCCACCAGGACUAAACGGCUUCCAGCAACACGGGGAUCAACAGCACCGGCAGAGUCUCCUUGGUUCGUUAACGGGAGGACAAACACCAUCACAACAACAACCUGGUCUGCUAAAUCUUGGUCAGGCGCGCAACGUACACCCUGGUUUCCAGGUUGAUGCAGAGAAACAGAGAGUACGUAUCCUGCUCACCUACGCGUUAAAGCUGAACCAAAGCAACCAUACUGCUGCGCCAGCAUGGGGCUCGCCAAACGCGAAUCCUAGUGCACAGCAAACAAACGCGUUCUCUUCGGCAAUACCUAACGGCACACAUCAAAAUCACUCGUCUCAGCAACCACCACAUCUAACCGCUCCGCCAGGCGUACCAACUCCGGCGUCGUUCUCGCAGCAAACCCAGCCACUUGGUGGAGCAGCACUCGCUGGUGCGCAACAGACACCAUACGUCGGUAAUGGGACAACGGGUGGCGACACGGCACACCAUCCAUCUCAGGGGCCCGCCCACGCCAACGCGGUACCACAAACACCAGCACAGCAGGUGCUGAUGUCCCCGGCGGAUAGAUGGGGGCUGCUAUCGUUGGUGGCGAUGAUUAAGAGCGCAGACCCAGACCAGAAUCUUUUGUCUCUGGGGACGGACCUGGGUACAAUGGGCUUGGAUAUGCAAACACAAGGGAGCCUGUACUCGACUUUCAUUACCCCUUGGGCUGACUCGUCCGCUGCACAUACGGUUGAGCCAGACUUCCAUCUACCCGCGUGCUACAAUGUCCAGCCACCUCCGCCAGGGCCUGGCAAGGUUGCAAAUUUCAGCGACGAGACGCUCUUCUUCAUGUUCUACUCGUCUCCCCGUGAUUCACUCCAAGACAUUGCCGCUCAAGAACUGUGGAACCGCAAUUGGAGAUACCACAAAGAGUUGCGAGUAUGGCUCACGAAGGAGACUGGAACAGUGGCAUCGCAGAAGGUCCCUGGGGGCGAGCACGGGACCUACUCGUACUGGGAUCCCGACAACUGGGAGAAGGCGCGGAAAGAGAUAACCGUUCUCUACGUUGAUCUCGAGGAGAAGACUCCCGUAUUCUUCCAGGGCCAGGCCAUUCAGCAGCAGUUGAACGCCAACCAUGCGCAGGCGCAGCAGGCAGCUCCUCCCGCGCAGAGAGCAGGUAUGGGCAUGGCUGCUAUGUAAAGAACACGUUCCACGGUGCAUAUUAUAUGUACUGCUCAAAUGCUGUGGACAGGACGCAUGUCACUUGUAUCCCCUGUCUAUCUCUCCCCUUUCUCCACCACCUUGUUCGUUUUAUCGCACCUUAGUGUUACGCCAGCGUUUCUUUCCGUUGUUGACCUAUCAUACGCUUGUAUCUCU